AUGGCUCCAGAGAAACUGCGGACGCCGCCCCAGCCGCCUCCACUGUUCACGGCCACCCCCACAUCCAUUGUCGAGGACACCAAGCGCUUGAUUGAGCGCUCUCGCAAGGUGCAGGACCAGGUUGCGGCAAGUGUGCAGCCUGAAGCGGCGACCUUUGCGAACGUCCUGCUGCCGCUCGCCCACGACGAGAACCAAAUGACCCUGGAAGCGCACAUCCUGGCCUUCUACCAGGCCGUUUCGACGGACCAGAAACUGCGAGACGCCUCGAGCGAGGCCGAGAAGCUCCUCGAUGACUUUGCCAUUGAGACGUCGAUGCGUGAGGACCUGUACCGGCUCGUCGAUGCGGUCCUGAAGAAGAAUGAGGAUCUCGAUCCGGAGUCUCGCCGGCUGCUGGAGAAGGAGCACAAGGACUACAUCCGCAACGGACUGGGACUGCCGGCUGGGCCGCAGCGGGACCGCUUCAAGGAGAUCAAGAAGCGUCUGAGCCAGCUCAGCAUCGAGUUCCAGAAGAAUCUGAACGAGGAGAACGGCGGUAUCUGGUUCACCCGCGAGGAGCUGGACGGGGUGCCCGAGGAUGUUCUGUCCGGGUUGCAGAAGGGGGAAGGUGAGAACGAAGGCAAGCUUCGGCUGACGUUCAAGUAUCCCGAUCUCUUCCCGACGCUCAAAUACGCGAAGAAUGCCGAGACGCGCAAGCGUGUUGCGAUUGCCAACGAGAACAAGUGCAACCAGAACGUGCCCUUGUUCCGGGAGGCUAUGAUUCUUCGUGACGAGGCGGCCCGGCUGCUUGGGUAUCCAAACCAUGCGGCGUUCCGUAUUGAAGACAAGAUGGCCAAGACCCCCGAGACCGUGGACAAGUUCCUGGGUGAUCUGCGGUCAAGGCUGACCGCCGGAGGGCAGAAGGAGCUCGAGAAACUGAAGCAGCUGAAAAAGGAGGACCUGGAGUCCCGGGGCGAGACGUUCGACGGCCACUACUACCUCUGGGACCAUCGGUUCUACGACCGGUUGAUGCUGGAGAAGGAGUACUCGCUCGACCAGCAGCGCAUCGCGGAGUUCUUCCCCUUGCAGACGACCAUCCGAGGCAUGCUGGGGAUUUUUGAACAGUUGUUCGGCCUUGUUUUCGUCGAGAUUACCGGCGAGGACAGGGACAAGGUGGCCGAGACCGGCAAGGGCAACGACAUUGUCUGGCACGAGGACGUGCAGAUCUUCAGCGUGUGGGACGACGAGGAGCAGGGCAGUGGGUUUGUCGGUUAUCUUUAUCUGGACCUAUUCCCGCGUGAGGGCAAAUACGGGCAUGCGGCCAACUUUAACUUGCAGCCGGGCUUCAUCGAUGUCAACGGCAAACGCAGAUACCCGGCCACGGCGCUGGUGUGCAACUUCUCCAAGCCAACGCCGAAGAAACCCAGUCUGCUGAAGCACGACGAGGUGGUGACGCUGUUCCACGAGCUGGGACACGGGAUCCACGACCUCGUGUCGAAGACGACGUACUCGCGGUUCCACGGCACGAACACUGUGCGGGACUUUGUCGAAGCGCCCAGCCAGAUGCUGGAGAACUGGUGCUGGACGCCGUGGCAGCUGAAGUCGCUGAGCCAGCACUACUCGACGCUGUCGCCGGAGUACUUUAAGUCCUGGGAGGAGCAGGCGCCGAUCGGGGCGGCGAAGCCGCCGGAGAAGAUCCCAGACGAGCUGAUUGAGAAUCUGAUCCGGACGAAGCACGUCAACGACGCGCUGUUCAAUCUGCGGCAGCUGCACUUUGGCAUCUUCGACAUGACGGUGCACGAGCCGGCGAGCCACGAGGCGAUCGAGAAGAUGAACAUCUCGGAGACGUACAACAAGCUGCGCAAGGAGAUUUCGCAGAUCGAGGGGCCGGAGGUGCUUGGGCAGGGCAACGAAUGGGGGCACGGCCAGGCGACAUUUGGGCAUUUGAUGGGGGGGUACGAUGCGGGAUACUAUGGGUAUUUGAGCUCGCAAGUCUACUCAACAGACAUGUUUUACACGGUAUUCAAGUCCGACCCGAUGAACGGCAAGGAGGGCCGUCGGUACCGCCACGUUGUCCUGGAGAAGGGCGGCAGCCAGGACGAGAUGAAGACGUUGACCGAGUUUUUGGGCCGGGAGCCCAAGACGGACGCUUUCUACGAGGAAUUGGGAUAUAAGUUGGAUGUCGUACAUAUACACGUACACGAAGCUGAUUACGUUGGCCAGUACUAUGAACCUAUGCAAGUACUGUAUUUAAAUAAUAAUCGAAUAAUUGAGGAAUUGUCGAAUUGGUUGCGGCGGGAUUAUUGUGUACCUACGGUAUUACUGAGUAUACCGCCUAAUAAUAAUCGGUCCGCUCACUCACUCACUCACUCGACAAAAUCAGUCAGUCAAUCAGUCAAUCGAUACCUUCCAGUGGCGCAGUCCACUCUCCCAGAAAAGACAAUACAUACAGAAAAAGAAAUGAGCACAGAAACAGACUCCCACCACCACCAACAACAACAACCAGGCGAGCCUGAGCCCGAACCUGAGCCAGAACCCGACCAUUCGCAUUCGCAUUCGCACCGCCCUCGUCCUCACCAUCGCCCCCGCCUCCCCAUCCGCACCUACCACUGCCGUUUCUGCAGCCACCUGCUCGUCGCAACGACACAGGAUCUCCUAUCAGGCGAAAUACCGCGACGCGGGGGGUUAGCGCAGGACCGGGCGUUGAUAGUGCCGUUGCCGUCGAGGAGGGCGCUGAGGAAGGGGUCUGGCAGUGGCAGUAAUCUCUCUGAUGAAGGAGAAGAGGAGGAAGACGACGAAGAAAAUAGAAUUAAGGAUACGGAUGAGAAUGAGAAGGAUCGGCAAGAAGGACAGCAACAGCAGCACCACCGGAACAACGGCAGCAAUACAACAACAAAACCUGCAGCUACACAACAGCAGCAGCAGCAGCAGCAACACUACACAAUCCUCCUCUCGACGACAAUCCCCGACCGCAAACCGACUGUGAUCCGCCGAGAAGACGGAUUCGAAAAACGCAUCCUUCUGCGCUGUGGUCGGUGUCGGGUUGUGAUGGGGUAUGUGCUUGAUGAGGAGCAGAGGAAGAAGCAGCAGCGGCAGCAGCAGCAGAAGACAGAAAAGCAGGAGCAGAAACGAGAGCAAGAACGAGAAGAUGAAGACGAAGAGGAUGAAGACGAGGACGACAAUCAAGUCGCGUACAUCCUUCCGGGAGCGUUGGUGGCGACUGAGGAUUUGGGGCCAGGAGAAGGAACAGGUGGAGGUGGAGGAGGAAGUGGAGGUGGAGGAGUCGACAUCCCGAUUGACAAGAAUGCUAUUCUUCAAAGUUUUGAGAGGGAGUGGAAGGAGUGGAUUAAAUAA